UCUAAAGGGCGCGUGUCGGACCCGCCUCUUUAGUAAACUCUCGAGAUUGGGGGGCGGGCAAGGUCCUUUUCGGGGUAACGCGGUGAGACCCAGACCAGGACGAAAGGCAAGAACAGGAUGACGAUGCCAAGGCCGGGCCUGCUGUGGCUGAGGCUCGCGCUUUCGCUUGCCUUCGCGCCUGCCCUGCUGGGCGCUCCUACAGGUGAAGGCCCAGGGUACGCGGAACCCGAGGAUUCGGUGCAUUCGGUCGGGGCCGGCUCACGCAAAGAUGGCCUGAAUGUUCUCUUGAUCGUCGUGGAUGACCUGCGGCCUGCCCUAGGCUGCUAUGGAGACACUCUCGUGAAAUCUCCAAACAUUGAUCAGCUCGCCUCUCAUAGUGUGGUGUUCCAAAACGCCUUUGCCCAACAAGCCAUCUGUGCCCCGAGUAGGGUGUCUUUCUUAACUGGUCGGAGACCUGACACUACCAGAGUAUAUGACUUCAAUUCCUAUUGGAGAGUACAUUCAGGAAAUUAUUCAACAAUCCCUCAGUAUUUCAAGGAGAAUGGCUACGUGACUUUGUCAGUUGGAAAAGUGUUCCACCCUGGAAUGUCUUCUAAUCACAGUGAUGAUUUUCCAUACAGCUGGUCAGUUCCACCUUUUCAUCCCUCCUCUGAACAGUAUGAAAAUACCAAGACAUGUAAAGGUCAGGAUGAAGAACUCCAUGCCAACUUGAUUUGUCCUGUGGAUGUAGCUGAUGUGCCUGAAGGGACCUUGCCCGAUAAACAGAGCACAGAAGAAGCCAUACGCUUGCUAGAAAAGAUGAAACAAAUGGAUGGUCUUUUCUUUCUGGCUGUUGGCUAUCAUAAACCUCACAUCCCAUUCAGAUACCCCAAGGAAUUUCAGAAGCUGUAUCCCUUGGAAAAUAUUACACUGGCUCCUGAUCCUCAGAUCCCUGUUGGACUACCUCCUGUGGCAUAUAACCCCUGGAUGGAUAUCAGGGAAAGGGAAGAUGUCCAGGCCUUAAACAUCAGUGUUCCCUAUGGCCCAAUUCCUACAGAGUUUCAGCGGAAAAUCCGUCAGAGUUAUUUUGCAUCUGUUUCUUAUUUGGAUUCGCAAGUUGGUUACCUGUUAAAUGCUUUGGAUGAACUUCAGCUCUCAAACAACACAAUUGUUGCCUUUGUAUCUGAUCAUGGAUGGGCUCUGGGUGAACAUGGAGAAUGGGCCAAGUACAGCAAUUUUGAUGUAGCCACUCAAGUGCCCCUGAUGUUUUAUGUGCCUGGAAAGACUGCUCCAUUUAUUUCUCCUGGAGAGAAGCUUUUUCCUUACAUUGAUCCCUUUGGCUCAGCAUCAGAUGUGAUGGUUCCAGGAAGGCAAGCCAUGGAGCUUGUUGAACUUGUGUCUCUUUUUCCAACUCUCUCAGAACUUGCCGGACUGAAUGUACCUCCACGCUGCCCAUAUGAUUCAUUUGACAUUGAGCUGUGCAGAGAAGGACCAAGCCUUGUUAGGUAUUUAAGCUUCACCAAAUGGGGAAAAGACUCUCAUUACAACACCAAGACACCUCUUGAACUUGUGGCAUACAGCCAGUAUCCACGGCCUGCAGACACCCCUCAAUGGAAUUCUGAUAAGCCACAUUUAAAAGAUAUAAAAAUUAUGGGCUAUUCCAUACGUACAGUAGACUACAGGUUUACCGUAUGGGUCAGCUUUAACCCUGAGAAUUUCACUGCCGAUUUUACUGAUAUCCAUGCGGGUGAGCUCUAUUUUGUAGACAGUGACCCCCUGCAGGAUCAUAAUGUUUAUAACCAGACUGUGAGUAUGUAUUAAAACUCACUGGGUCAUUGGGACCAUAAGUUUUUGGUUUUGUUUUUGUUUUUGGGGGUUUUUUUUUGGUAAGGCAAUUGGGGUUAAGUGACUUGCCCAGGAUCACACAGCUAGUAAGUGUUAAGUGUCUGAGGCCGGAUUUGAACUCAGGUCCUUCUGACUCCAGGGCUGGUGCUCUAUCCACUGCCCAACCUAGCUGCCCCCAAGGGGCCAUAAGUUUUAUAUAACUAAAUGAGUUCUUGUUUACAAUUGUUGUUGUUGUCAUCAUCAUUAUUGUUAUUUUUAACACUUUCCUACUCUCUACCCUACGUAGGUAGAUGUGAGAAUGGAUUGGGGAUUUUGUGAUGUUUUGGCGCUAACAGAAGUGACCUGGAGAGCAGAUAGUUGAAAAGGAGAUAGAUUUCAAAGAUCAAUAGUUUAUAACAGCAAAGCCUUAUUAAUUUGGGUUUCUUUAAUUUGGAACCUGUGAUCAUUUGGACUGAAGGCUAGGUAGACAGACACAUUAUUGAUGAAGAAAAGCUUUGCUAGGAAAUGAAGAGCCUAAAGAAAAGGGAGAAAUAUAUAACUGUUGAAGAAGAGAAAAUGUUUGCAAAUAUCCUGAUACCAUUAUGAUGCCUUUCUGUGAGUCAUAUUAGGAUUCAGUGUCUCCCUUAUAAAUUUAACAUUUUUGAGGUCAUUCAUGUUUAUAAAGUUGUGAGGCUGGCCAUGGAAUUUAGCAGCUGCUGUAAUGGAUGACUGUUUUCUUACCUCCAGGCUGUGAAAAUAUUCAUGCAGUUUCAUCCAUCAGGGAACAUGCCAUUUAAAGGUGUUUGUCUGAUCCUCCAGCAAGGCUUUGCACAGACAGGGAUCUUCCAUUAUGAUCACAGUUUCUUGGGGUGUUAAUAUAGCACUUCUUACUCUUAACCCUGACCAGUCAUCAUUCAGUUCCUUCCAACUCCAAAAAGCUAUGAUCUGGGAUUCUAUUCACCAAAUGAUGAAAGGGCACCCACAUUUAAAUGACUUCUCCCCUGAAUGUGUGUCUACCCUGCUUCAAAGAAGCCCGAGUUUUUAUUCUGGAAUGUGUGCGAUGGCCCUGAGGCUCUCAGACGUGCCGCCCUGCCUCUGAGAGGGUGCCUGGGCUGGAGACAACAAAUGGAUCUUUCGGUUGCUCUGGGUGCAGUUUCGGGAGCCUACUGAAAUGCUUUUCUGCACAUCCUGUUGUGUGCACAGCCCAGGGUAUUGUUCCAGCUGAGCAGCAGGCAGAAAAAGAAUAGCAUAGCUAGUGGAGAGAACAAAGAAUUGAGAUCUGGGGUAGUGCUUCUGGAUAUAAUAGGAAGAAAGAGUUGGGAUGUAGACAAAGUAAAGAGCAAAGAACAAAAGUUAACCAGUUUUUCUUCUACUGUCUCUUAAGCCAGGGGCUAUUAUUUAUGAGGGUAAGAGGGGUUCACAGCUGUAAUGAGACUGACAUUUACGAAAGCCUUGCUCUAAUUUAUUGUUGCCGUUUUACUAGUGUACUUUCUAAAACCUUGGCUGGUGAUUUAUUGGCAAAACUCAUUAUUUACUUAACGGGUUUUCUGAAUUCAUCUUUUGCACACUAUUGAAAAAUGUACCCUGGUAUGUGUGUUAAGUGUGUCGUGAUUUAUCAUAUGAAUAAAUCAUAUUAAAUUUGCUAUUA